AUGAUUCCCCAUGGAGCGCUCAGCAGCGGCGUUCUCGCUCUACUUGCUGGUUCCAUGGUACUAGCCGGCGUUAUUCCCCCAACAGGUGUGGCCUCGCUGGUAUCAAGGGAGGCGAGUCCUUCACAAGUGCUUAGGACCCAUCUGCUUCGGCUUGCUUCGCAAUUGCAGCCGUCCAGCUCUAUAGUUGUUACCAAAGCUCAGUUCUCGCCCAUGACUACAGUUGUGGCCAGUGGCAUUAACCGCAAAAGUUCAAACAUUGUCGUCGUGCCGUUCUCAUCAGUUGUACUUCAGACGGACACGGACACAGACACCACAACAACAACACAAACAACUUCCAGCACUGAGGAACCCGGUACCAUAACCCAGACUGUCACGGCUACAGAAACAGUGACCCCUACUCCGUCAGCCGGUGAACCUAGUCUUACGCCCACCACUUCUGCUUCGACAGAGCCCGAGCAGACUCCCACUGAGACUCAAACUACACAAACCUCCACCACGACCACUACCAUAACCACGACUUCUGGUCAGGUCCCCACGGGGACGCUAACCACUACCGAAACACCCAGCAUGUCUACAACUUCUGAGCAGGCCCCAACCGAGACUCAGACUACUGAGACAUCCACCACGACUACAACCUCCGAGCAGGCCCCAACCGAUACCGUAACCACUCAAACACCCACUCCCUCCACCUCGUCCUCGGAGCCCUCCCCCACAACCUCUACAGCCUCAGAGACGCCCAGUACCAGCGCGCCUCCCCCUUCGACCCCAACCCAACCCCCCAACGUGCCAGGGUCGGCCGACACGGCAUCCGGGAACCGGACGGUCGACUACAAAAAGACGGUCGAGGGCAGCCGGAUCGAGGAGGUCAACACGACGCACGCCUUUGACAAGUGGGAGAGCGGGCCCAUCCAGUACGAAGGGCAAAAGAUCUCCAUCCUCAACAAGACCACCGACGUCAACACGACCAGCGAGACCCUGACGUCCAUCGCCUUUGACAAGAAGACCCAGGGCCUCAACCAGAGCCUCGAGACAAACUCCACCCUGGAGCAGCAGAAGGUCACGGACGGUGCUGGGAGCUUCGAGUCCAACAGGGUGACGGCGGGGACUCGCAUAAUCGACGGUGAGAAGUGGGCAGAGACUGUCAAGAGUUUCGAGGCCAACAGGACCGUAGAUGGCAUCGUUUACAACAAGACUACCGAGGGACACAGGUACCAGGAGGGUAACUCGUCGACAGAGUCCUCCAAGAUCGUCACCAGCUAUGACGACGAUGGGAACUAG